AUGAAGCAAGACAUCGACGACCUUUAUUCAAUUCCACGGAACCUCUCUCCAUUAGAGGACCACUUCCUUCCGUGUACACAGAGUUGCUUCGGUGCUUUGAAAGCAAUCAACCCGAACAGAGAGGAUAAGAAAAUCGAACUAGGAUUGAGUCAACAUGAUUCAAUGUCCGCAGAACAUUGCCCCUUGGUGCGCGAGACCGCCGCUGAUAUCGAUACAAUGGCCAUCUACCCUACGUUUGACUUUCAGCCGAGCUGGUUAAGAACGAAAGAGUUUUGGGACAAGUCCUUUGAAGACCGCUACGAGAAAAUAAAGAACGACAGUCGACGACAGCGCCUUAAGGUCAUCGUAGUGCCGCAUUCGCACAACGACCCCGGGUGGCUCAUGACGUUCGAAAACUAUUUCGAAUCAAAGACUAAAAACAUUCUGAACAAUGUUGUGCAAAAGCUACACGAAUACGCCAACAUGACCUUCAUCUGGACCGAGAUCUCUUUCCUCAACGCUUGGUGGGAACGCUCACACCCGGUCAAACAAAAGGCUUUCAAAAAGUUAAUCAAAGAAGGACGUCUCGAAAUUACAACUGGCGGUUGGGUGAUGCCGGACGAGGCUUGCACGCAUAUUUAUGCUCUCGUCGACCAAUUCAUUGAAGGUCACCAGUGGGUCAAGACUAAUCUCGGCAUAUCUCCGAAGACGGGGUGGUCGAUCGACCCGUUCGGCCAUGGACCGACCGUACCGUAUUUGCUUGAUCAGAGCGGUCUUGAAGGCACUAUCAUACAACGGAUCCACUACGCGUGGAAGCAGUGGCUCGCCCAGCGACAGAUCGAGGAGUUCUACUGGCUCGCGAGCUGGUCUCAGCAGAAGCCGUCCCUGAUCGUCCACAACCAACCCUUCGACAUUUACUCCAUCAAGAGCACCUGCGGGCCGCACCCCUCCGUCUGUCUCGGCUUCGACUUCAGGAAGAUACCUGGGGAAUACUCGGAAUACACAGCCAAGUAUGAAGAGAUCACCGACCAAAACGUCCACAGCAAGUCCAAGACCCUCAUAGAGGAAUACGACCGCAUCGGUUCCCUCACGCCGCACAACGUCAUCCUCGUUCCUCUCGGAGAUGAUUUCAGAUACGAGUACGGCAUAGAAUUCGACGCUCAGUAUAUUAAUUAUAUGAAAAUGUUUAAUUAUAUAAAUAAGCAUAAACAAGUUUUCAAUGCUGAUGUUUCAUUUGGCACCCCCUUAGACUACUUUGAUGCGAUUAAAAAACGUCAACCUCACAUUCCAACUCUCAAAGGAGACUUCUUCGUUUAUUCAGACAUAUUUAGCGAAGGCAAGCCCGCGUACUGGUCCGGGUACUACACCACCCGCCCCUAUCUCAAGAUUCUAGCUCGUCAGUUUGAGCAUCAACUGAGAAGCGCCGAAAUCAUUUUCACUUUAGCCUCGAAUCACAUUAAACAGUCUAAAAACCGUAAACUUAUUCCGUCUGAAAAGCGUCUAGAAAAGUUCUAUGAGCAGCUCAUAACUGCUCGCAGGCACUUGGGGCUGUUCCAGCACCACGACGCGAUCACUGGCACGUCUAAGUCUAGUGUCAUGUACGACUACGGCACGAAGCUAUUCACCAGCAUCUACCACUGCAUCCGAUUGCAGGAGAUCGCUCUUAACACGUUGAUGCUGCCCGACCCCGAACUACACGCGCAGAGCGUGCUGCAGAGCCAGGUUGAGUGGGAGACGUACGGGAAACAACCCAAACAGCUCCAAGUGUCAAUCGUUGACAGAAAGAGAGUGGUGGUCUUCAAUUCCCUCACACACUCGCGUACUGAGGUCAUUACUCUCAAGUCUAACACGACUAACGUACGAGUGUUCGACACUCGGCUAAAAGAACACGUGCCGUAUCAAAUAGCUCCUAACAUAAUUAGUACCGGCAAAAACAAAUUCAUUAUCAGCGACUCGAUAUUCGAUGUUAUAUUUGUGGCCACUCUCCCGCCGCUCAGCGCUGUUACUUUUAAUCUAGAAGAGCACACUAACAUAUCUCACCAUAGCGUUAUUUUUUGUAACAAUUGUAGCGACAAAAUAGUUGACAAGGAUCGUUCUGAAAUCUUUCCUAUCAAAAAGAUGAUGCCAGGUGACAUUCAGCUUGAAAAUUCAAUAAUGAAAUUAUUAAUCGAUAGAAACAGUGGACUUUUGCGUCAAAUCAAUAGAAAAGAUACGCGUCGCCGGCACGUGGUGGAAAUUCAGUUCGGUGCAUAUCAGAGCGCUCAGCGCCAUUCCGGAGCGUACCUCUUCAUGCCGGACUACGAUUCUCCCGAGAAGAACGUCCUGCAUCCGUACACGAGUGGCGGCAGUAUGCAGGAUGAGAACAUACUCAUAAUAUCAGGCCCCAUCUCUACCGAGAUCAGCACGUUGUACCUGCCUUUCCUCGUCCAUACGCUGCGCAUUUAUAACGUUAAAGAUCACGAUCUAUCGCGCGCAAUUCACGUCGAAAACUUCGUCGAUUUCGAGAGCCCCCCGAAGAACAGGGAGACCGAGUUGUUCAUGAGGAUUCAGACGAACAUACAAAACGGCGACGUGCCCGAAUUCUACACCGACCAGAACGGUUUCCAGUACCAGAAGAGAGUGAAAGUGAGCAAACUGGGCAUCGAGGCGAAUUACUACCCCAUCACGACGAUGGCGUGGCUGCAGGACGAGGAGGCGCGGCUGACGCUCGUGACUGACCACGCGCAGGGCGCCGCAGGCUUUGAGCCCGGUCGCCUCGAGGUGAUGCUGGAGCGCCGCACGCUGUACGAUGACCACCGCGGUAUCGGGGAGGGUGUCGUCGACAACAAGCCCACCAUGUUCCGGCACUGGCUGCUGCUGGAGCCGACCUCCUCUUCGGACCCCGGUGCGCCCGUCCGCCGCCGGCGCGACGCCGCCCACGUGUCGAGCGUACUCCACGAGCGACGCUUCAGCCCCAACCAGCAGGCCAUCAGCUACGAGCUGCCCUCGCGCACCGCCGACCGGCUAAGCCGCGCCCUCAACUACCCGCCCAACGUGUACAUCGUGGACUCGAGCGAAACGGGUGAAGUGGCCGUGCGCCCGCACCGCGCUUUUGUCACCGCCUUCCCUCCCGACGUGCACCUCGUCACGCUGCGCACGCUGACCGACGACGUGCUUGAGCAGUUCCCCAGCACCUCCUGUUUCAUGGUGCUGCAGAGACCCGGCUUCAAUUGCUUUCUCAAUGAAAAUUCCAAAUACACGGCCGCUAAGUUCACGGAAAGGACCAAGUUCAACGGUUUGCGCGUCACCAACAUGACGUCCGUGAGUCUGACCGGCCUCAAGACCUACAAGAACCUCUCUAGCUUCAAAGAGGUGGAAGUGGGGCCGCUCGAGCUGAAAACCUAUAAAAUUAAGUUU